GCAAUGUCAAAAACUUGGCAGCAAGUUUGAGACAGAAGUGGGAUCACGUGGUGUGGUGUCACUACAUCCUUCCCACGGGGUAAUCCGAUACUCUCCUUCAGCCCAUUUGCCACUUCCACUAGCGUACUGUAUCAGCGCACCGACCAUGCUUGCACGUUCACCACAAAAUUUGCGUUCGCAACAUCUCCCUUUCCAGUUCCCGGGAAACAAACGCGCUGCUUUCGCGUUCAAGCUUUCGGCUUUCCUCAUAUCCGGCUUCAGCAUUCCGUUCUUGGCUGCUGCUUUCCAAUUGAAGAAAGCUGGAGCUGCUUAACCUCUUGAAGUUACAGUUGGGUUAUGUAGCCGUCUGGAAAUUUCACUUAUAUUCUGCCACACUGUGUCAAAGCUUCCAAGCUAAAAAAUAUAAAUGCGAAUAUUCUAAU